CGACGUGGUGAUAAGUCGUGCCGGCGAAACCGCAGCCGCAAGCCGCGCAUGCUCUCCCGCCACUCCCCACAGCCACAGCUUUCUUCUUCCUCCUCCAGCCCUCUCGCCGUCCCGUAGCGUCCGUCAGCCGCCGCCAGGAUCUCGAUCGAGCGAGCAGGCGCCAUGGAUCCCCUAUCCCUCCUGCUCCUCCCCCCCCGCGCGCGCCCUCGCAUCCCUCUCCUUCUCCGCCCGCCCACCGCCCCGGCGGCGUUCGCCCGAGCAGCAGCAGCAGCCGCUCCUGCGCGGCUGUUGUCGCCGGCUUCAGCCGUAGCGGCGGAGGCGCCGCGGACGGGGGAAAACCCGUGGUCAGGGGGAGCGGAGGGGGAGGAGGGGCGGUUCGAUUGGCUGGACCAGUGGUACCCGGUGGCCCCCGUGUGCGACCUCGACCCGCGCGCGCCCCACGGCAAGACGAUCCUGGGCCUCCGCGUCGUCGCCUGGUACGACCGCACGGCCGGCGACGGCGAGUGGCGGGUGUUUGACGACGCGUGCCCGCACCGGCUGGCGCCGCUGUCGGAGGGCCGGAUCGACGACAAGGGCCGGCUCCAGUGCGUGUACCACGGCUGGUGCUUCGACGGCCGCGGCUCCUGCCAGUUCAUCCCCCAGGCCCCCGCCCUCGGCCCACCCGUGCACAAGAACAGCAAGGCGUGCGUGGCGGCGUACCCGAGCGUGGUGCAGAACAACAUCCUGUGGUUCUACCCGAGGGCCGGCGCCGAACACGAGGAUGUGCUGCAAAGGAAGCGCCCGCCGUUCAUCCCGGAGAUCGACGACCCCUCCUUCGUCACCGUCUAUGGCAUCAGGGACCUCUCCUACGGGUACGAUGUGCUGGUUGAGAACCUCAUGGACCCUGCGCAUGUCCCAUACGCGCACAAAGGGUUGAUGGGCCGGCUUCGCAAGAAGGAAGACCCUGGAAGAGUUGAGUUUGACCGAGAAGGCGGCGGGCCGAUGAAGAUGAAGAUCGAGGAGGCCGGCGUGGACGGGUUCCUUUCACCGCAGGAGAACGGUGGCUACUUCCGGUACGUCGCGCCGUGCACAUUCUAUGGCUCGCCGUUGCCCAGACAAGAAGAGGGAGAGAAGAAGAAGCCUCGGAUCAUGCUGGUGUUCAUGUGUGUUCCGGUGGCUCCAGGGAGGAGCAGGGUAAUCUGGGCGUUCCCGAGGAACGUCGGCCUCUGGCUCGACAAGAUCAUACCACGGUGGUACUAUCAUAUCGGCCAGAACGCCAUCUUGGACUCGGACAUCUACCUCCUCCACGUCGAGGAGCGCAACUUCGCCGCUGCUGGCGUUGAGAACUGGCAGAAGGCCGUGUAUGUGCCAACGUCAUCGGACAGCAUGGUGAUCGCCUUCAGGAACUGGUUCAGAAAGCACUGCAAGAGCCAGGUCGGCUGGGCUGCCCCGACAGUCGAUCAGCUGCCGGCGACUCCAACCAAAGACAAGCUCAUGGAAAGAUACUGGUCGCACGUCGAGCAGUGCACGAGCUGCAGCGCGGCGCUGAAGGCCAUGAAGGCGCUGGAGGUCGCCCUGCAAGUGGCGGCGGUGGCCAUCGUCGGGUUCCUCACCGUUGCCAAGGAGACGCUGGUCAAGUCGGUGGCCCAGAGAGUCGCCGUCGUGUCCGCGGCCGUGCUGUGCUUCGCCGCGUCUCGCUGGCUCGCAAGCUUCAUCCAGAAGAAUUUCUAUUUCCAGGAUUACGUCCAUGCUUACAAGUGAAAUAUAUGAAUCCUGUGUUUUUUGUUGCUAGGAUUUUGUAGUUUUUGACUCCUGCAGCUUAGAGAUGUACAUGAAACACAGCCGUACAGAGCAUUUGAUACCGAUAAUAGCUGUAUAUAAAGGCAAUUAGCUUAUUGUUUCAAACAUUGGCUACCGAUUUUCAAUUCCAGUAGCAAACUGCAGACUGCACACUGAGCAAAAUCAA